CCUUUAUUAUGCGAUGCUUCUCCUGAUGUUGAACAUGUGAAAACUUACAUAGUCUACAUGGGAUCACUUCCUCAGGAAUCAUCGUAUUCUCCGACUUCUCAUCAUCAGAGAAUGCUUCAACAAGUUACUGGAGAAAUUGAUGCAGCAAGUUCGUUACUGAUUCGAAGCUACAAGAGAAGUUUCAAUGGGUUCGCUGCAAAACUCACAGAAGAGCAAAGAGAAAAGAUUGCUCAAAUGGAAGAAGUUGCAUCUGUUUUUCCAAGCACAACACUUCACACUCAGACGACCAGAUCGUGGGAUUUCAUGGGUUUGGUCGAAGAAACCAAACGGAACGUAUCUGCUGAAAGUGAUGUCAUAAUCGGAUUUCUUGACACUGGAAUCUGGCCUGAAUCGGAGAGUUUUACUGAUAAAGGUUUUGGUCCUCCUCCUAAGAAAUGGAAAGGAACAUGUGCAGGUGGGAAAAACUUCACAUGCAACAACAAAGUCAUAGGAGCUCGAUUCUACAAGGAAGACUCUGCAAGAGACAAUGCCGGGCAUGGAUCUCAUACGGCCUCAACAGCAGCAGGAAACAACGUUAAUGGCGCAAGCUUUUAUGGUAUAGCAGAAGGCACUGCGAGGGGAGGCGUUCCAUCUGCGAGAAUUGCUGUAUACAAAACCUGCGAUAGUCAAGGGUUCUGCAAUACUGCUGGAAUCUUGGCUGCUUUCGAUGAUGCCAUUGCAGAUGGAGUUGACAUACUUUCAGUUUCAAUUGGAGGGAUGUUUGCUCCAGACAAUUUGUACGAUGAUUCCAUCACGAUUGGUUCCUUUCAUGCUAUGGCCAAAGGGAUACUCACAGUGCAAUCUGCAGGAAAUGGCGGGCCUUAUUCAGAAGAAGUGAUCAGUGUUGCACCAUGGAUCCUCACAGUUGCAGCAAGCCACACAGAUCGCCAAAUCGUCGACAAGCUUGUUCUUGGGAAUGGAACAACCUUAGUGGGAGAUUCAGUGAAUGCUUUUGAUCCAAAAGGGACCAAAUAUCCCAUAGCCAAGUGUGUGGAUCGAAAUUAUUCCGACCUUUGUGUUUGUCUGAAAAGUGAAAUCCAAGGAAAGAUUGUGUUAUGUGGUGCACAGAUAGACCUUAAUGUUCAUGAAGCUGGUGCAGUUGGUGCAAUUGGACGAGGUAGUACUCAAAGUCUUCUUGCACCACCUGAUGUGAGUGUAUUUCCUUAUCUCACAUUAUCUGAAAAAGACUAUGAUGUUGUUGAGUCAUACUCAAGAUCAUCAGCAAAUCCAGAGGCUGAGAUAAUGAAGAGUGAGAGUAUUGUGGAUAAUACUGCUCCAAGAGUGGCUGAGUUCUCUUCACGAGGGCCAAACAUAGCAGUCCCAGAAAUCCUAAAGCCAGAUAUAACUGCACCAGGAGUGCAUAUCUUAGCCGCAUAUUCUCCUCUAGCUCCACCAUCAGGCAAUGAUGAGUUCGACUUAAGAAGGGGAAUUAAGUACAGCAUUAUGUCUGGAACCUCCAUGUCAUGUCCUCAUGCAUCUGGAAUAGCCGCGUACGUGAAAAGUUUUCAUCCAGAUUGGUCUCCGGCAGCCAUCAAAUCCGCAAUUAUGACGACAGCUAAACCUAUGAAUAUUCCUACUAAUGAUGACGAUCAUGUUGAUGAUUUUGCUUAUGGAUCAGGACAUGUUAAUCCUGUGCAAGCUAUUGAUCCAGGACUUGUUUAUGAUAUCUCAAAACAAGAAUACUUAGAACUUCUCUGCAAUCUUGGUUACAACACUUCAAUCAUCAAAAAAAUCUCUGGUGAUCACAAGGUCACUUGUCCCAAAUCUCCUGAUAGAUCCUUGAUAAGAAAUACAAACUUUCCUUCGAUGUUAGCAGAAGUGAAAUCUAUGAAACCUUUUGAUGUUAAGAUUAAUCGAACAGUCACAAAUGUUGGAUUUGUCUACUCAAAGUACGAGGUGACUGUACGAUCAACUCAAGGAGUGAACAUUACAGUGGAACCUAAGGUGUUGUCCUUCCAGUCUUCGAGGGAGAAACAAUCAUUUGUUGUGAGAAUUGUGGGAGGGAAAUUACCAGCAGAAACGGUGGUGUCCUCAUCACUUGUAUGGUCAGAUGGCACUCAUAAUGUUAGGAGUCCUAUUAUUGUGAAUGUUUUGAACUCGACUAGAGGGAAAAACAUUGCUCCAGUUCCUCCUUCUACAGAAGAAGAUGAUUUACUCAGGAGGAGCUCUAAGAAAAUUAAGAACAGUGGAAUGGAACAUGGAGAGACCUCUAAACUAAAUCAAUGGCCAAAACUUGGGACUGCUCAGGGACCCAAGAAGAGAACUGGUUUGACAUUUGUUGAAACACUGAAAGGUGUAAACCACCAGAGUGAUCAUGCAUUUUGA